GUUUUCUAGAAAAUACCUGUAGUGGUGACAUAACCCUUACUAUAUAUACCAAGAACAACCCUUGAACUUAGCAAUAGCAAUUUACUGGCAUAUAGAAUCAAUCCGGUUAGAAACAUACGAUUUACAUUAUUUCUUUUCUAUUUAACUCGAGAAAGUAUUUGAUCUUAUAAAAAUAUGAGCACUACUCAAAUUCCUGAAGUUCUCUGGGCUCAAAGAUCUCACAAGGAGAACCCCGACAAGAAUGUUAUUUAUUUGACUGUAGUCAUUCCUGAUGCUGUGGAACCUAAAAUUAAUUUGACAUCUGAUAAAUUGGUUAUCGACAGUAAAUCCGGAGCUGCUGCUCAUUAUGCUGUUCAAAUUGACUUCUUUAAGGAAAUAGACACAGAAAACAGCAAAUACUCACUUACCGGUCGUAAUAUUUUCUUUGUUCUCUACAAAAAGGAACUCCAAGAAGAAUUUUGGCCUCGUUUAACUAAGGAGAAGCUUCGUCUUCACUGGCUCCGUACCGAUUUCGAACGUUGGGUCGACGAGGAUGAACAAGAAGCUCAGCCUGAAGCCGCCGCUAAUCCUUUCGGCGCUGGUGGCAUGCCUGACUUGAGUGCCUUAGGUGGUGGCAUGGGCGGCAUGGAAGGCAUGGACUUUAGCCAAUUGGGUAACAUGGGUGGUCAAAAUGACGAGGAGGAUAGUAGCGAACCCGAACUGGAAGAAGCCGGUGAAGAGGAAGGUGAAGAGAAGAAGGAGUAAUUCUGGAACGUUUCCCCCAAAUGGGCUGCGUUGCAAGCAUUAAAAGUUAAAGUUUUUGACCUUUUCAGUAAUUCGUUCAGGCAUAUUUUCUUUCUUUCUCUAUCCCUUCUCUUCUCUGCAUGGUUAAUGCUUUAUGUAUGAUUUAUUACCAUGUGCCGUAUAAACGUUACGAUUUUGUGCAUAGAAAGAGUGAACAAAUGAAUUCUAUUAUGAUUUGAUGAACCUAUGUCUUCCUUCUGGUCAUCGUGGUUUUAUAUACAAACUUUUUAAGUUAUGUUUCGUAGCUACGUAUAAUUCUCAUUUCAUUUUUCUAAAGAUAGAUACUUUCUAUUUGUAGUUUCAAAGACAGUAUCAACG